AUGCUAACGUUGGCAAUAGGGGAUUUAUACAUCCCAGAGAGAGCUGUCAGCUUGCCUUCCAAGUUUCGUAAAUUACUUUGUCCCAAUCCUAACUCAAUUCCUACGAAUAGUAAGAUAUCGAAAGUGAUUUGUGUGGGCAACAUCACCAAUUCUAUAGAAACGUUGACCUUUUUGAAUAGCUUAUCACCUUCAUUUCAUAUAGUCAAGGGUGAGUUUGAUGAUAGCGAAAUUUUACUGCAACAGUUGAAUGUUCUUAAAGGAGAUAGUCAUAUUCCGAAUCAUCAGACCAUUAUACAAGAUAAUUUGAAAAUUGGAUUUACAAAUGGGUACCAGAUUGUGCCAAAAAAUGACCCACUCUCACUUCUGGCACUUGCAAGAGACUUAGAUGUUGAUAUAUUGAUUUGGGGUGGUACCCAUAAGGUCGAAGCUUACACUUUGGACGGUAAAUUUUUUGUCAAUCCUGGAAGUGCUACGGGUGCUACGAGUUUUGAAUGGCCCGACGAAGAAGACGAUGACGACGACGAAGAAGAAGAAGAAGAAGAAGAAGAAGAAGAAGAAGAAGAAGAAGAAGAAGAAGAAAAAGAAGAAGCAGAAAAAGAAAAAGAAGAAAAAGAAAAAGAAGAAAAAGAAAAAGAAAAAGAAGAAGAAGAAGAAGAGAAGGUGGAAGAGGAGGAUGUUAAGGAUAAAGAAAAAGAGGACGAUGGAAAAAACAAUGAAGUCAAUGACCUGAGGAGCGAGAAUGACAGGGAAGAAGCUAAGAUAGAAACCGACUCGACAAUGGGCAAGAAGAAAACCGAAGAGACAAAAGAAGAGAAUGAAAACGACGAUGGUGAGUCAAAGAAUCGAAACACGAAUGAUUCCAGUAAUAGUGCAGACAAUAAUGAAACCAAAUUAGACGAUAAUGAACCAAAAGUCGAGACUGAAUCUCAAAUUAAACACGACGACGACGAAAUCAACGCAGACGAAUUAGCUGAAGCGAUCGAGCUUUCAUCCUCUGUUCCAUCAUUUUGCUUGCUAGAUACUUCUGGUUCAACUUGCACGCUUUACAUAUACACUUAUAUAAAUGACGAAGUUAAGGUGGAUAAAAUCGUUUAUCAAAAAGAAUAA